AUGGAAUACACCAGUUAUGUUUUUGUUUGCCAGUCUAUAAAGGAAAAUAUCGAUAGGGCCCUCACCCCGUCUGGCAAUCUAACUGGCCUUAGCCGUAUUCCAGAGUGCGGCGAGCACGGCCGGUUCGAGUACUGCAUCGACGGGUUCCUGGGCUGCGUGGUGGGCUGCCACUGCCACCCCGGCUUCUACUUCGACACGCUGUCCAAGAUCUGCGAACACAGCUCUAAACUUAUAACUGAAGCCAGACGUAUGAACUCGGAGAGGUCGGAAGUUGCAACUACGCCUGAAGUCUUUCUCAUGACAACAGCCAAGUCUACCUGCCCUCCCGCGACCAACGCCACUUAUCCGAGGAAUCCCGAGGACCUCGGCGACUGGCUCUACAACCAGUUCUUCAAAACUAUCGAGGAAUCAGUGGUCCGAAACGUCAACCACACAGAUGAAGAACUUACUAGGAGAGUCGCUGUUAAAACUAUUGGAAAAAAUACACCACUCAAAAAAAGAAAUAAGAAAAAGAAACUAGGCAAGACGAAGAAAAAACUUAGAGCCGGAAAGUCUAAUGUGAAUAAAGCAGCUAAAAUGCAUAAAUUGAAAAAAGACAAGAAGAGAAUAACGGAUAAUGAUAGCAUUUUUAAAACAGAAGAGAUUCUGUCUGAGGAUGACACUUCAGGCAGCGACUCCUCGGGAGGGAGUUCCAGCGGGUCUGGCUCCGAGUCAGACGAGCAAAAAAAAAGUUCAGCUAAGAAAAAAUGUGACCACAAACAGGACACAAACGACUUCAAGAAGAUCGUCAUCAUCAAGAAGAAGCCGAAGAAUCUCCCGAAUUUCGUGUUCCUGCCCAACAUGGACACCCCGUUCUACCCACCGCUGUCGCUGGCGAUGCCUCCAGCGGUCCCCAUGUACCCCAUGGUACCCGUUCCCCCGUACUGCUCUGAACCUAUCUGCGAGCCGGAAAAUCAAACCAGUACAACCGCAGCGACGACAACUUCAAGUGGUGCUCAAGAUUAUUUGCGCACCAUCCGCCACCCAGACCUGGACAUGCCCCCUCCUGCCCUGACCACGGAGCCCCCUGAUCACAUUCCAUCUGUAACCACCGGGGCUACAGCACAAACCACCCCGGAUGUUGCUGUCGGCCGUAUGCUAAGCUAUGCUAAGAAGAACAAUACGAUGAAUGGGAACAGCAAUAUCUUGCUCAACAAAAAAGCAGAUAAGAUGAUCCGGAAUUUGAUGCAAAAAUUAAAAAGGAAAAAGAAAUUGAGAACCGCUGAUCAUUCUAAUAUGGGACUUCAACAAAUCAUACCCGAGGUGCGAGUUCCGAAAUAUUCAGAAGAGUCGGUGAGACAGUCCGUGUCAUUCAAACGUAGAGAUCCCGCAAGUAGGUUAAAGUAUCUCUCAGAACUGAUACACAGAGGUAAAGAUCGGGCAGGUGCCUCAACAUUAAAACCAAUGCAAACGAGACGACUUGGAAAUCCUAAAGUAUACCCUGGUCCUACAGUAGACUACGACUAUCAAGAUGCAGUAAUCAAUGAAGCAGACCCUGACAAUCAGUUCUACAACCAUCUCGGGCGAGAGAUAGCUUCGGUCAUCCAGGGGUUCGAUGACACAGACUACCAAGAUUCACCUAUUUUUGAUGAGAAUAUGGCAUCAGGUCGAAUAGACCCCGGCAAAUCAGGUCGUUCCUCACGCCACCUGCCGGCCCGCGCCUACACCGACACUCCCGCACGAGACGACAAAGAGAAUCUGUUUGAUAUCGAGAAUGAGGUGCAGCACGUAGCUGAUAAAUUGUCUCCCCUAGAUUUGGUGGAGUUAGAAAAUGUUAUAAAAGAAAUGAGAUCGAAAUCCGUGGAUGUAAACCAAAAUAAAACUAAUGAUGCAACACCAAAAACGCCUAAACAAGAUCUUAACUCAGACAUCCCAUUAUCAAUGCAGACUCGGAGAAAUAAUUUGCAGACAAAAAACGAUUCCGUUCUAGUUUUUUCUAAGCAGGUUUCAAAACAUACAAAUUUCAAAUUGGAGCUAAGACCACAGGACGCUCAAGCUUUAAAAAUGCAAUUAUCAAGAGGAAGAGAUUUUAACUUCAACGAUCAAAAGCAAAACGCAAAAUUAUCACCAACUGAUACACUGCGCUCCUAUAAAACGCUUAGAUCAGCUCAACCAAUCAUGAGCUUUUACCAAAGUCGUCACGAGAGAUUAUUUCCAUCAAAUAACAACUUUACGCCGCUAGACAAGCCUUCAGAGAAUUACAGAAAUAGCCUGACCAGCGCCAUCACCCCCCGGCCGGCAACCUACGGCGACCUUCAGAAGGCUGCCUAUAGGUAUCCCAACAACAAACCUCUGAAAGGGAACAGAGCCUAUGUCUACUCCUCUGACGACCUCAAUUAUAAACCUAAAUUGGCUCGGGGGCCAACUUACUAUAACCACGAAUUAUCUAUGUUCGAUCUUUUCGACGAUUAAGAAUUUUCAAUACUCUGCACCAUUGUUAACCAAUAAAUGUUUCUAUUUUAUACUAUUUAGAGUGCUUCAAUAUGAAAAAUCUUAUUUCAAUCAAGAUUUUCAUAAUCCGACGGAGUGUUUCCGAUACUUCCCGCUAGCGGCUGCCAAACUCUUGCUGGCUGCAGCCGCAUCCUCGAGGAUUAUGUGUUGCCAACCCCCUUCGCAGGCAAACCGAUCAUCCUACCCUGUUCAACAUACAUAACUGCCUUUAUUCCUACCCUGGAACUCCCAUCAAAUCCACAGCGAGCGAUGGAUAAGACUUGUAGCGAUAGUACGCUCUUGUCUGAAAGGAUUGAGAACGGAUGGUUAGCCUGUUGUAUUCUUCACAGACAAUUUAAUUCCCAUUUCAUAACGUGGUGCAGGCCUGCCGGCUUAAGGCUGGAGUACACCUAAUGCAAAGUGUGCUGGGAGUAUUGGAGAUGUAAAAAACUUUUAUAAAAUGUAUAAGUAAACAAACUUUCGUAGUAGGUACUAG